AUGGCCGAAGGCGAAGGCAAUCUAGGUCAACAACACAGAAAUAUAAGUGCUGUAGACGUAUUGGAAACAAGUAGGCAAACUAGAAUUGAGCUAACAAAUAUAUUGGAGUCAGAGUCAAUUUUGAGGCAACUACGAUCAGAGAAUGUUGACGAAAAUGUACUUGAUAGUGUGCAGUACCGCCUCGAUUGGAUUUUUAAUACUGUAGCGAGGUACGCUGAUUUGCAAAUUGUUGACGAGAGGGUUGUAAACUGUAUACGAUUAGCAAAGGAAUCCCUACAAAGAAACUCUGGGAACAACUCUUUCGGAUUAAAUGUUGUACAAAGGAUCUUUACUGGAGAGAGGGGUAGACCACGACUACAAAUACCUUUUGAACAUCUAAGAUAUUUAUUGGAGAGGAAAUUCAAGCUGGCUGAAAUUGCAAAGCUCUUUGGUACAAGUAAGCGUACAGUCGAAAGGCGCUUGGGUGACUUUGGCCUGUCUGCUAGAACUAUUUAUGCCCCUUUGUCUGAUCAACAAUUGGAUGAUUUGAUAAAUGACAUCCAAAGAGAUUUCCCAAAUGUUGGGUGCAAGAGAAUGACUGGUCUACUUCGAGCUAGAGGUGUUUACAUGCAGCAGGCUCGAAUCCGACAAUCAAUGCGAAGAGUCGAUCCAGAAGAAACACUUCUUAGGGCACUUGAAUUGAAUAUUAUUCGUCGUAGACAAUACAGUGUUGCUGGACCCCUAUCUCUGUGGCAUAUUGAUGGAAAUCAUAAAUUAAUUCGGUAUGAGCUAUAAUUUUUGGGGAUUAAUUAUGAUAUCUGUUAUAAUAUGUUGGGUGAAAUAAGUUUUAAUAGUUUAUAAGCACUAAAAAGUAACCAUGCAUAAAUGAGUCUUGUGUUGUAUCGUGUUUCAUACAAAGCCGAUUUUAAGUAGGUUUCCACAACUUUUUUAGCCAUGUGUACAGUACCUGACAGUUAUACCAAAUAUAUAUGGGUAAAUUGUGAAAAAAUACUUCAAAUCCACUGUUUGAAUUGCCUUUGUAGGCAAAAAUGUUGAAACACUACCAGGAAAAUUAAACAAACUGUUUUCUUUCUCAUAGUUGGAGAUUUGUUAUCCAUGGGGGUAUAGAUGGUUUCUCUCGCAUGGUGGUAUUUCUUGCCUGUUCCACUAAUAAUAGAGCAUGCACCGUCCUUCAACAUCUCAGAUCAGCAGUGGAGAAAUUCGGCCUUCCAUCUCGUGUUCGGUCUGAUAAAGGAGGUGAGAACACUGAUGUUGCAUGGUACAUGUUGUCACACCCUUUAAGAGGCCCAGAUAGAGGGAGUCAUAUUGCAGGCAAAAGUGUCCACAACCAACGAAUAGAAAGACUGUGGAGAGAUCUCUUCACUGGCUGUACUUACAUUUUUUACAACCUUUUCUACCAUAUGGAAGACCAAGGUAUUCUUGAUCCUUCCAAUGAACACCACAUUGCAGCCUUACAUUAUGUGUUCCUUCCCAUAAUCAAUCGACACUUGAUGUUAUUUAUGGAAGGUCACAAUCGAGGACCAAUCAGCACAGAGCAUAACCAAUCUCCCGAACAACUUUGGCUCAGAGGCAUGCUUUCAAAUCCCAGCAGUAGAAUUGCUGAUGAAUUCACCAAUCAGGUAUAUACUUUAUAUUUUAUGCGUACAUAGACACUAAUAUGUAUGUAAUGUAUAUAUAUAUAUAUAUAUAUAUAUAUAUAUAUAUAUAUAUAUAUAUAUAUAUAUAUAUAUAUAUAUAUAUAUAUAUAUAUAUAUAUAUAUAUAUAUAUAUAAAAUAUAAUUGUGAUUUAGAACUUGAGUGACUAUGGUGUUGACUGGGAUAGCCCAUACCCUAAUGGUGAAUUAUCAGAAGACCAAGAAGUUGUGGUGCCUGAAACUAAUUCACCGCUGAAUGAAAUUGAGAGAUUGAAUCUGCAGGGAUUGAUUGAUCCUUUACGUGACUCCGAACAUCAUGGUGUGGAUAUCUAUACGGACGUUCUGGCUUUUUUCGAAGACUGUUUGCAAAAUACAGCACACAUUAGUUAA